GCGGCGGGCGGCGAGCGGGGAGCGGCGGCCACACGUGCAGGAUGUCCUUCAAGAAGGAAACUCCGCUUGCCAACGCUGCGUUCUGGGCCUCGAGGAGGGGAAACCUGGCCCUGCUGAAACUGCUGCUCAACAGCGGGCGCGUGGAUGUGGACUGCAGAGACAGUCACGGUACCACGCUCCUCAUGGUUGCCUCCUACGCGGGCCACAUAGACUGUGUGAGGGAGCUGGUUCUACAGGGAGCAGACAUCAACCUCCAGAGGGAGUCAGGUACAACCGCCCUGUUCUUCGCUGCCCAGCAAGGCCACAAUGACGUUGUGAGAUUUCUCUUUGGAUUUGGAGCAUCCACUGAAUGUCGGACCAAAGAUGGGGGCACUGCCCUGUUGGCUGCCAGUCAGUAUGGGCACAUGCCAGUGGUGGAAACCUUGCUGAAGCAUGGAGCCAACAUCCAUGACCAACUCUAUGACGGAGCCACAGCCCUCUUCCUAGCUGCCCAAGGUGGCUACUUGGAUGUCAUUCGACUCCUGCUGUCUUCGGGAGCAAAGGUCAACCAGCCAAGGCAGGAUGGAACGGCGCCACUGUGGAUCGCGUCCCAGAUGGGCCACAGCGAGGUGGUCCGGGUGAUGCUGCUGAGGGGAGCUGACCGGGACUCCGCACGCAACGACGGUACGACAGCGUUGCUGAAGGCAGCUAACAAAGGGUAUAAUGACGUCAUAGAGGAGUUGCUCAAAUUCUCACCUACUCUCGGUAUCUUGAAGAACGGGACUUCGGCUCUCCAUGCAGCAGUGCUCAGCGGGAAUAUUAAAACAGUCGCGCUGCUCCUGGAAGCAGGGGCGGAUCCAGCCUUGAGAAACAAGGCCAAUGAGCUUCCGGCAGAACUAACCAAAAAUGAGCGCAUACUGCACCUCCUGAGAAGGAAAGAAGAACCUGGGAAGAAUGAACUCGGUUCCAUCCUAGACAGAUAGAAGGUUAAGUCGCAUUGUCCAGAAAGAAAUGGCUUUUAGCAAUGUCGGGAAUUCUCUGAAGCCCUGCGGAUUUGCACAUUGCGCACUAAAUCAAGGAAGGGCUCAGAUCCGCUUCCCUUUAUUUACGGUGGGCAUCAUACACUGCCCUGGAGCUUGGCCCUCAGGGACACGGACAGCCACAGAUUCCACAAAAACUUAUCUGCCACUGUGCUAACCUGAGUCCCUCCAUUCAACUUGAUGCUGGACCUGGUUUUAGUCCUAAAAAGGGAAACAAAAAGCCACAUCCUUUGAAAGUCAAAGGUUGCCCUUCAAUUAAUUGAUGCACUUUUUUUUGCUUUUGUGUUAAAUAUAACUAUGCGAAAAUCCAUUGCAUCCAUCAUAGUCACACAGGUCCCUUCCGUGUAAAAUCUUUUCUACCACCCAAAGAUCAUAGCCAUGAUUACCAUGAACCAACGAUACACAAGCGCUCGUUAUUUAAGAUCCACUUCUGAUAUUCCACUAUGUGCUACUCAAAGGUGGGCCGUUAACACACAGGAGAGGCAAGCUGUGUAUUUGUUGGUAAAGCUCAUCUUAUUCCUGACAUUCGAAGUCCACAUUGUAUCCUCUGUGGAAUGUGGAGCCUCCCGCAGCUCGGUCUCUGACACACUGACUUCGAGCUCACUGGAUGAAACAUGACGUUCACACGUACUGCUCCUGUUACUAUUCCUGCAGAGGAGUCUCCCUAGUAAAAGGCAGUUGUUAGUAUUUACCGGGUGCUCGUUUAUGCAUGCUCUGGGUGAACAGGUUCCAGGAAAGAACCCCCAAGGUCAUCAAACUAUUUCUUGGAGGGGGAUAAAGUUGGUGUUCAGUGCACUCUCAAUGGUGCGUAACCGCCUCUGGCAGUGCCUAACUGCCCAUACAGAAACCAAGCAUUCCUGAACAAUACACCAGACAAAACACUAGCAGUACUUCUCAUGUCUGAACACACAUCCACUGUUUCUGCUCGUGUACUGCUCCAGUCUCCAACAAGCAGGCUCUACGUGAAGUCACGUUAAGAUGGAGCGGAAAGCAAUCCCAAAUUAAGGUUUGCUUAACUAACAAGCAAUGGGACCAGAAGCAUUAUCUUUAAGUCAGUGACAUCAGAAGCUAGCGUCUUAAAAUUGUUUAUGACACAUGCAAUCAGAAUGAGCAGAUUUUGAUAAACCUUGCAAGCAAAGCCAGUGACAGACAGCGCCCGGCUCUCUGAGAAGCAUAUAGCCUGACCGACUCCGCAGAAAUCCCCAGUAAAAUUUCAAGAUAAAAGAUUAGAAAGCUGUGUGUUGCCAGAGCACCAGACGCAAAUAUUUUGGUAGCUAAAGAUCAGUGCCAAUUUCCCAUUGGCAGCCUUUUAUUCAGCAAAGUUAUACAAAUACACAUUUCAUCCAUGAAAAUUUUGCAAUGCUGUAUUCGCCUUGAAGAAGAAAAUAACGUGGACUUAACUGUCUUGCGUUCCCCACUUACUCAGCCCCAUAUGAGAACCAGCUAUUCAUCACGAGCCCAAAACAGAACAGUUUUGUAGGUACCAACAAUAAAAUGCCAAAAGACUGUAUCAGGAACUUCACAGCUUUUUCACUAAAAUCUGUUGGUAUUGGCCUGUCCCUCACAUAAACUAUUUCAGGGCCAUGGAGUUAAUUCAGUAUCUUUAGCAAUACUUAAUAAAGACCUUUGUACUGUAGGGAACAGGUAGCUGAAAUAGCAUCUGCUCUAGAUGCAAUUAUCGUGUUGUCCAUGGCAGGGAACGUAGUUAAGAGCCUACCAAAGACUGAAGAAGAGGUCUGCUUUUUCAGAAACCAUGUUUCCGUUCGCACACCUGGAAAAGACUCUUACUUUACGUUAGUCUCGUCAACAGUCCAGUUCCUCAUCCAAAGACUUAAUCGUUUGCAGUUCCUCCGCAAAUAAUCUGUUCAGCCCAACUUCAAAAGGUUGCCACUACGUCCAUUUGUUUACCAGCACAUUCCAUGUUGUAUUUCAAAUAAAGUUAAUCCACU